AUGACGCUUCUGUUGCUACUACUGUUUUCAAUGCUGUCAACACUGCUUGGUGUGGAUGCAAAAAUUGUAUGGUGGCAGCCAGACGACACGUCACCUUAUCUACUCCGAUGUUAUGGGUUUCGCAUACCAGCACCAGUCUGUGUGGACAAUAACUUUGCUCUGAACCAUAUCAAGGCAGGCGAGCCAUUGACACUAACAGUUUCCCGUGAUGAUAGAGCUACACCAGCUAGCAUCACAGUUUUAUUAAAAGAGUAUCAGGGAAGCAAAGUGUUUGAAUACCCUAAUCUUCCUCUCCAUCUGGAUGCAUCUCGUCCAUCUUUUGCAGUGGCAGUAUUCACUCCUGCAUCAUCAAUCUCUCCAGGCGGCUACCACAUUAUUAUCAAAAGCAUGACUCUUCCCUUGAAUAUCUGGAUCGACUCACCAAGUGCGAAUUGGACACUCUCGGCACCAACUUUGAAGCAACUCGAAGAAACACGACAAAAGGAAGCUGCACAGGGACAGAUCGGGAGUACAGUUACUGCAGGAGAUCAAGUCAAACAAGCAGCAACAAGCUUACCUGGAAUAGCUGUUGUCUCGGUCGUCCUGAUUGGUGCAAUAAGUGCAUUAGUAUGGACUUUUCUUGGACAAAUCAAGAACUUAAUCCGCAAAUGGACAUUGAAUGAUAGCGGUAAGGCUGGCCAGUAUGAACGGUUUAGAACCGAUGAGGACGACGAUAUUAUUGAAAUGAACACUACAUCGGAAGCAUAA